AUGCCGGCCUUGUCCAUCUCCAUCGCCCGCCACCGCGUCGCUCUCCCCUACGCGUCCUGCUGCCGCCGCCUCCUCCCCCUGGGCUGCCUCCCUUGCCGCAUCGCCGCUGCGGCGUCCUCUGGUGGGAGGGAGAACUCCGGGGGCGUCCUCCGGCGGCCCCCGCCGGACAAGAAGGUCCUCAGGGCGCGGGAGACCGUUCGGGAGGUCUCCACGCUCUCGCGAGGGCUCGCGGCGUCUGCGGAUGAUCCGCGGAAGAGCCUCCUCCCCGAACAGGCCAUCGGCCGGGUGACGUCCGCCCAGGCCAACUUCAUGAGGGUGGUCGUGGAUGUGGCCGGCAGCAAUCCCGAAGAGGGCAACCGCCUCGAGCAGGAUCCUAGAGUUGGAUCGGAGCUUCUCUGUGUGGUACGGGCGGUCUUGAAGAAGAUAGGGAGGAAGGUGCUGGUCGGGGACAGGGUACUGGUGGGAUCGGUCGAUUGGGUAGACCGGAGAGGGAUGAUUGAGGACACGUUUAUGAGGAAGACAGAGCUCUCGGAUCCUCCUAUCGCCAAUGUGGACCACCUGUUAGUGCUAUUCUCGCUGGAGCAGCCGAGGGCAGAGCCAUUCAAUCUAACUAGGUUCCUGGUGGAGGCUGAGUCGGUGGAGAUUCCAGUAACGCUGGCACUGAACAAGAUGGAGCUCGUAGGAGAAGAGGUAUGAAUUCAGUACAGAACUCAUGGCUUAGUUCAUCUAUGGGUAGUUUGUGGAAAAUCUGCCUUCUGGCCAGGCUUCUUUGGAGCGACACUUACUUUAACACAGACGGUAUUAAUUAUGAACAGACAUAACUGGAAAUCACUUGUCUGUUCUUAAUCUAUUUGUGGCUAUAAUAUUCAUGUGAUUGCUGUUUUCAAUGACUAUUACCUAUUGCCUAUAUUUGUCUCAUUGGUGACACUGAAAAAUUAACCGACGGUUGAUAAUUUCUAGCAAACUUUGUGUAGUCCGUGUCAAAAUUAUCGAGAGAAUAGAACUCCUGCACUUCCAGGAGCAUGUCGCGUUACACUUUUUCUAUCACUGAUGCCCUAGUCUCUGAACCCAUCAAUAUAUGUAUAAAUAUAUCUUUAUAUAUACACUAUCUCUGCGUGUGUGUAUUAAUGGCAUUGACUGGAGUGAGCUAAUUUUAAACGAAAACAGUCUAGAAUUUAUCUGACCUGAGGCUGAUGUCUGGUGAAUUGGGCCUGCGUUAGAGGAUCCAAACAAGAUCUGCUGGACCUAGUUGAACCUAUGCACUUCAGCUCGAUCAAAUGGCAUGCAUCACUAUUUAAAUAACCCGAUUUUGCUUAUGCUAAGAGCAGACGUGUUUCUGAUUGCUCAAUCCAAUCUUACCUAACCGUAAUUGUGACCUCAGCUUUCAUCCUAAUUGAUGUCUUUUAAUCUUCAAAGAAUUAACUCUGUGGUUGGCCAAUAGAACCUUCAUUUUCCGAAAUUACAUGAUAAAUAACGUGGUCGAUGCUAUGCUUUUUAAAGCAUCUUCUGUUUUGCUUUCAGCUAUACCAACUCCCCCUGAUUUUUUUUCCUAAUGCAGAUGCUCUCUUCAUGGGAGACUAAGCUUCAUUCUUGGGGCUACAAACCACUCUUUUGCAGUGUUGAUCGCAAUCUUGGAUUAGAAGCACUUGAGAACAUACUGAAAGGACAGACAACUGUUAUUGUAGGGCCAAGUGGUGUGGGGAAGUCUAGUCUUAUAAAUGCUUUGAGAAGUGCUCCAGAUACUUCUGAUGGCGAGGAAAUUGAUAAGCUACAGGUAAGCUGUCAUGUGUGCUGCUGUUUCCCACUUGUUGUCCUCGAUGAUGUUCAGCUAUCAAUAACUUACCCUCUCAAAUAAUUUUGAUUAACGGAUAGAAUGAAGAUAAUUUUCAGUAUUUACAAAAGGACUGAUUUUUCAGAGUGAAGGGCACAAAUGGCUUGGAGAUCAACGUGUGGGCAUUGUAUCUAAGAGAUCAGGAAGAGGAAAGCACACCACGAGGCAUGUUUCUCUGCUUCCACUCGAUGGGGAAGGAUUUCUUGCUGAUACCCCAGGAUUUAACCAGCCUAAUCUGUUGAAAGUAACGAAGAAAUCCCUUGCACAAACAUUUCCGGAGGUCAGACCUGUGGAUAUGCAUGGCUGUUUGUAUCUGGUUGUUGGUUUAGCAAUUAACACCAUCCUACUGAAUUUUCGUUAUUACCCUAUGCUUAUUUCUAACUUUAUGAUACGUUUUUCUUCAUAUUGGCUGAUACUAGUUCGUUUCUCUCCAGAUUCGACAGAUGCUUAGCGCUAGUGAACCAUCAGGAUGUGCAUUCAAUGACUGCUUGCAUGUUGGUGAACCAGGGUGCGUCGUGAAGGGUGACUGGGAAAGAUAUCCAUACUAUCUUCAAUUACUUGAUGAAAUAAAAAUUAGAGAAGAGAUCCAGUUACGGACAUUAGGAACGAAAAGGGAAAGUGAUGUAAGGUCUGUUGAUACAAUUCUCUCUCCAUUUUGUUUACCAUUUUUUUGAUAAAUUUAAGGGAACCAUAUAGCUGUUUACAUUGCUGAAGAACUUUCCACUGAACUGAUCCAAAAAUAAGCACAAAGUCUCUUACUGAAUCAACUUAUAGUUUGAAUAAAUGUUUGAGUGUUUGGGAUUCAUUUCUCCCAUUGCAUCUUGUGGAUGAGACUGCACCAUUAUCUAAAAAAAACUGUUGUCUUCCUUCUCUAGUGCAAAUUAUAUCUGACCGGAACCUUCGUAGCAUAGUGUAUCUCUAAAAACUUGCAUGAAUCAAUAUCUGUCAAUCCCUCUUUGGUGCUCCAAGAAAUCCUUGCAGAAUAUUCAUGCUCUGUCCUGAAUCUUUAUUUCCCUUGGCAUACCUACCUUAUAAUAUGAAGCAUGGGCGUAUUAUCAUACUAAAGAUGUUUUAAUGCCCUUUUUAGAGCUUUGCUGUACAUUGUCUUUUAUCAAACGUGUUCCCCCAAAUUAUAUUUGCUUUUGCCGUUCACAUCAUCACCACUCAUGGCUGAAAUUUGUAGUAUGAUUGUGACUCUUGUCAUUUCUUCCAUGAAUUUGUUUGCACAUGCAAUAUCUAAAUUCUCUAGGGGCCAAACAAGCAAUAUAAGUGAGUGUUUUUAUACCAGAUAUUCUAAAAAUGAAGGUGAUUUGUGCUUCUCUUUGGCACUAGCAUAACAGCAACCUAGAAAAAUGCUGCUAAUCUUUGAUGUUCAUUGAUCCACACGAUUAUGAUUGUUGUUGCACAUACUGCUAAUACAUCUCAUGUUGUUGUUUUACUCAUAUGUUUCAAACAAAUUCGAACUUUAAAUGAUGAAGCUAUUUGGAAGAUAUCAAAUAGGGUGAUGAAGAUUGUGUUUGAAUCAGUUCAAUGGUGCUACUAUGCUUGGGGAUUAUUCAAUGUUUCGUUUUACACCAGCAUAUAUGAAGAAUGAUAAAAGGAAGAUAUGUAAAAAUGUGAUGCAAAAAUCUGUAUCUGAUGUUUCAGGUUUUAGAAUCCUUGGUGCAUGUUAUUGUAUCCCUCUAUACUUAAAUGGGCAAACUAUACUAUUCCUGAAUUCUGCUUCUAUACAUGAACAUUUUCCGCUAGUGGAUCUACAUAUCAUUUCAGAGCACAUAAGCAGAUUUGACUCUUGGCGGGCCAACCAUUUCUCUCAUAAAUUGAUCUUUGCAAUUAUAAGGUCAACAUUAUCACAAUUAGGUUUCAAUCUUUCGAACUUGGAUCCAGCUCUACUCUAGGGAUCUGUCACAACUAAACCAGAUUCAGAUUGAAUGAAUAUGUGGAGUGGGCAAGAGCAUGGACAUGCCUAUGAUCCACUGACCAGUUUCCUUACUUGAAUGUUCCUGGCUAGUCCUCCACAUGAUUAGCUUAUCUCUCCAAAAGAAUAAUUUAUGUUGCUACUAGUUGAAAAUUAUCUCCAACCAUUUUAUCAGUAGACCAAAAACACAGCAAAACAUAAUAACUUAUGUUUCUACCAGUUGAAAACCGGUGUUGAUCAUUCUAAAAAUGGGUCAGAACGAGAAAGAAAUAGCAUGAACACCAGUCUGCCAAGCUUGUGAAUCACCAUCUUCCUCUCUGACUCUGUCAUAUAUGUUUUAGGUACAAGGUGACCGAGAUGGGAGUCAGACACGCAGAGCCACGGCUUCAACCCAAGAAGCAUAGGCGGGUAUCUCGGAAGCGGAUCAACCAGUCAAUACUGGAUGAGCUCCAGGAAGAGGAUACGGAUCCUGAAGAAAUUGAAGAAGAUGGUGCUCUCCGAGGUUAG